AUGGACAACACGACGACACUGUUCCUGGCCGAGGCCGCAAAUGGCUUGUGUCUGUUUGAGGACCGGGGCAGUCAGGCCGAGCCAGAGGCCCUGCACCGCGAGUUCCGGCGCAGGGUGCGUCUGGUGGCGUUCCAGCCAUUUCGCAGCAUGCACCAGGCGUUGGCCUAUCAGCGCCUUCUGUCCGAGACCAAGCGCAGAUCGCGACCCUAUGUGACAACGUCCAACGUGAUCAUUCAGCGCAAGGACCCGCAAACGUUCGUGUUGGCGUCUGAUGAAGAGCCUCGGGAAGUGCUGCGUGGCAUCUACCAGCACUUGGAUGCCUUCAUCGAGCUGCAGAGAUUCGAAUCCCAGCUCGCCAUCGGCGACAAUUAUCCCAUUCCGCACUUGGCAUCGAAGCCUGCGGAGGAUGACCAGUUCGAGCGGCUGCCCGACGAGGUGCUGCUCCAUCUGUUCUCUUUCCUGUCCAGCGAAGCGAGUCUCGCCAAGGCGGAGCUCAAUGGCAUCAUCCGCAUGGGCGCGAUGCUGGGAGAGCAGUUGCGUGCGCUCGAGGCCCUCGGCCAGCAGCUGCAGGAGUGGUACCUCGAACACUUCCCCGAACUGAAGGACCUGCUCCCCGCCGACUUGGGGCGCUCGGAGGCGACCAGGAAGAGAAAGACAGUGACCACGGCGUGGCGAGGUGGCGUUGUCCAGGCGUUGAGCGAGAUCGUGGGGAGCAAGAAGCUGGCGGGAAGCAUCUUGGCCACCUCGGUCAUCUCCUCCGGGCGCGACAUCAGCCAGGCCGAAGAGAGGAGCAUGCUCGCGCAUGCCAAGCGCAUCGUGGAUACGCAAAAGGAAGUCGUUGGCCUUCAGGACGAUCUCGCCACAAUGGCGCAACAGAGUGCUCCCGGCCUCGCGAUGCUGUUGGACCCGUUGACCGUCGCCGAGCUGCUCCGCGCCACGGGCAGUCUGGUGUCCCUGGCCAAGUGUACCUGGAUGACCAUUGCGCGACUGAAUCCGGUCGCGUUCAGUCUCCACCCAAACGAUCCGUGGAUGGAGGCCGCUUCUGACGAAGACUACCAUCAGUUAAUGCGUGUGCCCGAGGACAGCUACCUUUGGCAGUUCAUUACGCGGCAAAAUGCCUCGUGGGCAAGUGAGCUCAGCCAAUGGCAAAUCAAGCGAGUGACCUACCUCCUGGCCAAGCUGGUGGGCAAUGCAGCCAAAAUCGAUGCGUUCGGCGCGGGUUCGGCGCAGCCUGAGCUCGAGGCGUACCGCCAGCGGCUCAAGAAGCGCGCCGAUCUCCUGCUGGCGGGCGGCCACUUGACUCCGACCCCGGGCGACAUGGCGGUGGCCGGCCUCGAGGACGACUACCACAGCGACACCGACGACGAGGUCUACUGGGGCGAUGGGGACGUCGACGGUGAUGGUGAUGAUUAUGACGAUGAUGGUCAGGGCGAGGUUUACACCACCCCCGUCGCUUGGCGAUCGUACAGCACCUCAUCGGACAGCUCGUCCGAGUCCGAUGAGUCUGAUGAGUCUGAUGACGAUGAGGAGAAUUCCAGGCGUUCCGGUGCAGGUCUGGAAGUUGCCACUAUCUGGUUGGUGAUCAACAGUCUCGUCAGCAUGGAACUCCUCAUCUACGAGGAGUCGCGCAGGCUCUUCGUUAUGCUGCAGAGCCCCGGACCGGAUCAGCGGAGGAUCGUGCGCCUGGUCGAGGAAUUCAACGGACACCUCGACCCCGUCCAGCUCUCCAGCGCCCUGCGACUGCUGGUCGCUCGCGCCCAGCCCAGCCGAGGCCUCCGUGGCGGCUGUCCUCCCGGCACCCGCUAA